GUACGUGGCAGAGGCCACGAACGUUAUCCGCAUCACCACCCUUUCUUCUCCCUCCGCAAGCGCGCAAGCAUCUGCCGUCCCGUCGCCCGCUCCAUCCAGGGCGAGGAAACAGCAGCGACUCACCGCCGCAGCACAAGGGAGGUGCUCGCUCAAACACCGAUCGGCUUGCAGCUCCCAGGCGAUAUGCAGAACAUGAUCAGCGCCUGCAAGCCGCAUCAGUCGCACCCGGCGGCCGCGCUGCUCCCGCCGCCGAGGCCGGUGCUGCCCGGACGAGCAGCGUUCCCCCGCCUGCUACCAGUUGCAGCGAGGGAUGCAACGUCCUCGCGGCUGGUGGUCAGGAGGAGGUGCCAGGAGGAGGACAAGCAGCAGCAGCAGCAGGAGGAGCAAGAAGCGGUGGAGGGAAGAAGCGGCACCGACGAGCAGGAGAGGAGGACCUUCCUGAGCCUGGAGGAGGCCGGGCUGGUGGAGAUGUCCGGCCUCAGCACGCACGAGCGUUUCCUCUGCCGCCUCACUAUAUCGUCUCUGAAUCUGCUGAGAGUGAUCUCGGAGCAGGAGGGCGUCCCGAUAGAGGACCUCAACGCCGGCCGCGUCUGCGACUGGUUCAUCAAGGACAAGCUCAAGAGGGAGCAGAACCUCGGCACCGCCGUCCUGCAGUGGGACGACCCUGGCUUCUAGCUUCAUCCUAGGAUUAUCUUGCUGCUAGGGCUAUGGUGGAAUAGAGAGUUUUUUUUGUUAGUGCCCUUUAUUUGCUGGAUGCUCAUGAUUGACCAAGAAGAUGAGCCUGAUAACAUGUUCACUUAUUCAGUCGUCAUCAUACCUUUCUUCUGUAGUUGCAUCGCCAUACCUCAAGGGUUCCUUCAGUUUCAACUUCCGUGAUAUACUGAUAUGUACAAGGUUCAGGCCCUUGAGCAUGCAACCAAAUCUAGCUAGUGGCUACGGAAAAUCGUCCCUCCCAA